AUGGCGGAGGGGGGCAGUACGGUGUCUGCCCUGGAGGCGGCCAUCAUCCAUGGACUCCGACAGCUGAGAACUCGGUACCUGCAGAGAGGGGGGAGGGCGGCGGCGGCGGCGGAGGAGGACAGCACCGGGGACCCGGACAGUUCUCUGAACAGGCUGCCGACCGACAUGCAGCUGUACAUCUUGUCAUUCCUCACCCCACAAGACCUAUGUAGGCUUGGAAUGACAAACCGUUACUGGAAUGAAAUGGUACAAGACCGCCUUCUAUGGAAAUACUUCCUGCUGCGAGACCUUCCCACCUGGUCCUCCAUUGACUGCCACAGCUUGCCCGAUGUUACUCUCCUCAACUCCUGCCUUUCUGAAUCCGAGCAGAUGGAUGCCAAUUUUAUGUCCAUCUACUUGAGGAGCUGCCCAAAGACCAGAAAAUCUAUACGGUCCAAGAACCCCAUUUAUGGAGCAGUGACAUCAUUCCUUCAAUCACUGGUCAUGCAAGGGGAGCCUCGGUUUGCCAUGUUUGGUCCUGGCCUCGAGCAGCUGGAUGAUUCCUUGGUCACACGAAUGAUGACAUCUCCAGAUCUGCUACCUGUGGUCAGCAUACUUCAAAGACAGAUUGAUGGCAUUGGCUCUGGUGUAACUUUUCAAUUAAAUAACCAACAUAAAUUUAACAUCUUAACCCUCUAUUCUACUACACGCAUGGAGCGUGACAGAGCGCGAGCAGAGCAGAGUGCAUCAGCCAAUAAGAUGUUCCUGGCAGACAAUCCACAGGACAGAAAUCCGAAAGUUCUCUACACUCUCAUUCCACAAGUGCAGGAAGUGUGCCGGGUGGUGGAAGGCUUCAUCUAUGUGGCAAACGCUGAAGCACAUACAAGACACAAUCGUGAUGAGGAAGUAGCUCAGAUCAUGACAAUGAUGGAUCCAAAUCUGGGACCUCUGAGGAGACCUUUGUUGGUUCUGGCUUGUGUCACCAACCCCGGGGACAAGAGGAUUCCCUGUGUCUACCUGGCCCAUGACUUGUGUUUGAGCAAUCUGAAUCGGCCGUGGAUGGUGCAGAAUACAGAAGCUUCUACUUUGUCUGGACUGUUGGAAGGCAUCGACUGGAUUCUCACUGAAGUUGGGAAGAAAUUAUAA